AUGUGCAGGAAAUUAGCACCUUCAGUUUUGUUUACAUGUGACAUGAAAUUUGCGAAGUUGAUGCUCCGCGAAGACCCGCAGCAUGUUCCCCCGCAGCGCUGCCUCGAGGGGCAGGUCAGCCUACAGUAACGGCCUGUACCCACCACCCCCGGGUCCACUACGUUACGAAUACAACCAUCAACGCCCGGCAGGUGUCAACAGCUUCUAUGUUCCUGGACUUGAGAGGUUUCCUCCAUAUGAAUGGAAACCCCCACCAUUGACCUCUCCAGUACCCCCUUCUCCUCACACACCAACUAUGACCAAUGGACGAAAGAGGCAGAAUGAUGACUACAGCCCCCAUGUUGUGAAGCGCCAACGCCUUGACUCCUCUUCCCACCCACGAAUAGGCUCCCCUUUAAUUCGAGUCCCUCCUCCCCCUCCACCCCCUCCUCCUCCUCGUCAUCCUGACCGAGUGGUGGCUGGGUCCUCUAGAUCAUCCUUCUCUGGUUUUGAUCGCUCUUAUCUCAGCCCACACUCCCAUCCGCGCCCUCAGGUGUUUGCUGUCCCAGAAAGCUCCAACAGCCUGCAGGACUACGCCAAGGACAAGCUGAGCGAUCAGAUGGUGGAGCUGUUUGAGGCGUGCCAGCAGCAAUCUUCUGAUCUGGCCCGGAAGGAGAUGUGCCGAGCCCAGCUGCAGCAAGACAUACAACGUGUCUAUGCAGUGGCACGCCUUUACUUGACUGGAUCUUCUAUGAAUGGAUUGGGCUGCCGGAGCAGUGAUGCUGAUCUGUGUUUGGUCCUCAAGGGAAAUAAAAGACCUGAUCCUAUUCAUGUGCUUUCUGUCCUCCAAAGGUUGUUUAAAACACUCUCAUAUGUAGAGAGGACUCAGCUGAUCAGAGCCAAAGUGCCGAUCCUCAGGUUCAGAGAGAAAGGCAGUGAUCUGGAGUUUGAUCUGAAUAUCAACAACACCGUGGGCAUCAGAAACACAUUCCUUCUGAGGAGUUACGCUUAUGCUGAUCUCAGGAUAAGACCCAUGAUCCUUGUCAUCAAGAAGUGGGCACGGCACAAUCAAAUCAAUGAUGCCAGCAAAGGGACAUUAAGCAGCUACACACUUGUGUUGAUGGUCCUGCACUACCUCCAGACCCUUAAUGAACCUGUCCUUCCGUCUCUACAGAGGGAUUACCCAGAGUGUUUUAAUCCCUUCAUGGACAUCGACAUGGUUCCGGAGGGACCUAAACACGUCCCCCCCUACGUGUCAAGAAACCAGUCCUCUCUGGGAGAGCUGCUUCUGGGCUUUCUAAAAUACUAUUCCACAAGCUUCAGGUGGGAUAAGCAGGUGAUCUCUGUUCGAGAAGCCAGAGCUUUGGCCAAGACCAAUUCUCAAGAGUGGAGAAACAAAUACAUAUGUGUGGAAGAGCCAUUUGAAAGAAAUAACGUCGCCAGGGCAGUCCAUGAGAAGAUCAAGUUUGAUGCCAUUAAAGCUCAGUUUGCUGAGUCAUGUCGGAUACUGCAGCAGAGGAAGGACCUGAACUCCAUCCUCCCAGUCAGAGCCAUCAUUAAUAAAGAGUCAUCCAGGAGAUAAGGGGUUCCUUUAAUUAGACGAGCUGACUGGAGUCUUCUACCUCAAGAACAGCCCUGUGCCCAGAAACGAUGAAAGACCUUUUGGGAUGUGCUGAGAGAGGAGCUGUGCUGCCUCCGCACCUCACAGCCAGAGAGUUUCUGGGACUCUGAAAGUUCUGGCCUCCUCCGUAUCAGUCACAUACUGUGUGUCCUAUGGCAGCACCUAUUGAAUAUUAUGCACUAUCAAUUGCUUUGCCGCCUUUGCAAAAUAUAUGUAAUGUAAUAUUCCAGUAAGUGAGAGUGGAUGAAAACAUACAAUAUUUCUGGAGUGAAGCCAGGGGACUCUGAAAUCAAAGCUUGUCACUUAUACUGGUGACGGAGAGAUGCUGCACUGAAGCAGGAUGAUAAUGGCCAGCGUUAGUAGAGAUGGUUAUUGCUGCUAUACCGCCCUCUUUCAUAAUGCACAUAGCAUUCCUAGGAGGAAGUUAAGUUUAUCAACAGAGUAUGUGAAGACACAAAAUAACACCUGCAACCCGCCCAUAUCUCAAGCUAUCUUUAAAUGGAAGCAACAGUGUUUAGGUUUGAAAGACUAGUCUCGUGCCAUGUUUCUCUCCUCCGAUCUCAGUUUUAGUUACAUCCACAUUGUUAGAGCCUUACUGCACAGUCGUAUUGGAAGAUGCCACAUACAUGUACAGUAUAUAUAUUGCCUGUCUGGACCAACUUGGAACAUUAAAGCCUUUUUUCUAUUUUUCUAGGUCAGUAGUGAAGCUGUCGUUGGCUUAAAACCCUAUAGACACUUUUUUUCUACCGCCGCAUUAAAGGCCCUCUCUUUUUUUCAUCAUCUUCAUCUUUAAAUUUCUGAGCUCCUCUGAAAACUGCUUUUUAUUAAGACAUGUUGAAGUUAGUGUUGUAAUUUAAAUGAUUUUGAGGUGAUCACUAGAGGGCUGUGAAGACGUCAGCCUCUGGAUCUCAGACUCCUUUAUCAUUGUUCAUGAGGUGAUGUAUUAUUUUUCCUUGACUCGUAACAAAUAUAUGUCAUUGUAGUUCAGCUAUGUACUUGAUUUAUUUGGACAAAACCUGACGUGCUAGUCAUUCAUUUUCGUUUCACUUAACAAAUAAGUUAUUUGCAGAAUUCACACUUAUGAGUGUGACUGUUUUUUCUUUCGUCAUUUGGUUUAUAUUUUUCCUCAGCUGCUUUUGUACAUUUUGUACAUU